AUGACAAAAGCUCCAUUUUGGAAUCCCUACAUUUGGGAGAUCGCAGCAUCUGAAAACUUGAAGAGGAAGAAGAUGCGCCCCGCUCUUGAAAAUGGAUCCGUCGAGGCCGUAGAUAACAUUCCAGAUAAAAACAGCCCUCAUUUUACAUCAAAUGAAGGUAGCCGCUUCAAAGAAAAUAUGAAUAUAAACAGAUUUGAAACUCCAAAGCUUGCUAUGGAACCUCUACAGAUGAAAAAGAAGAAAAAGGGGGGUGGGUUUAAUGUGCGAAAAAGCCUCGCAUGGGAUAGAGCCUUUUUCACUGAAGAAGGUGUUUUGGAUCCCCAUGAACUCUCUGUCAUUAGUAGUGCAUCUUGUAGAGAAGGAUUGUCUCAUGUCAAGGAACAUGAAUCUGUUGGUUCUCGGUUUCCAAGUGGACCAAUUGAGAUGCAGAAACUCCAAAACAAUAUAUAUACAGAACUGCAAACUGGAGGUUUGACAAAAGGCAUAAAGAAGGAAAGAUCAUCACUAAGGCUUGAUUCAUCAUCCUCAAACUAUAUUGCGUCAGCUUGUCCGACUUCAAACAAAGUUCCAACACUAGUUGGUUACAAGAAAUCAGGGUCCAGCUGUGGUGAUAUUCCUCGACCUAUAUCUUCAUCAUCAUUAAAAAGGCCAGCAAAUGUAAUCAUUGGCAGAGCUUCAGCGAAGGAAUUUAAAAUGCUGAAAGUUCCUGGUUCAAAGUCAGGACUCAGUCCUGCUUGUGAAACAACUAAAAAAACCUCAUCUAAGGUGAAUCAUGUGAAGCACGAUCUGGACACUCAACCAGGAUUAAAGAGCCCCUGUGAAAAUCUCAAGAAAGCACAAAAUGGAUCAAAAUCUCGACAACCGACACUCUAUUCAGAUGGAAAUACAGGCAACUCAUCAUACAGGAGGCAUUCAACCAUCAACAUGAGUCCAAUACUGGUUAACUUAGCAGCAGAUAAUUCUGGUUCAAAGAUGAUUACUCCAGUCCAACCAACACAAGAAUCUGAAGGUCAACAUGAGUUGGCUACUUCUGCUGUACCCUUACCUAGAAAUGCCCGUUUUAUUGGUAGGAGUGUACAUCCUCCAGAGAAUCAAGCGUUGAAGCCAUCUGGCCUGAGAAUGCCAUCGCCAUCCUUAUCGUUUUUCAGUCAGACCAUACCUUCAGCCUUCAGCAAUGUGUCAUUAAGGGGUACAGAAGCAGAUAUUUAUGGCUCUUGGAGAUAUGAAAAUUCUCGGUUGAAAGAAAAUUUGAGAAACGCCCCAGAAAUAGAUAAUAAAACAAAACAGAUCACAGCUCAUUGCAAGGACAUAAAAUCCAGCUUGCCUCGUGUGGCAUCAUCUCAUGUUGGUGCUGCAUCAGUUAAAGUAGUUGCUGAUCAAGCUCCUAUGCAGAAGGAGACAAAAUUUCAGGACAUGGGUAUUGAAGAACCUUUACAAACCAAAAGUCAAGAACAAGGAGCAAAUGAGAUUUUUCUAAAGAGAGAUGGUGAUUGUUAUACUGAAAAAAGUGAUUCAUGUAAAAGUGGAAGGGAAAAACCAGAAGUAUGGUCAGAACAGAUACAUGUCGCUCGAGAAUCUGAAACAGUUCUGUCACAUAAUGAAUCAUCUGAAGAGAAUAAUGCAUGUGAUGAUCAUCUGAUCUUGAAUCAUGGUGCCAUUGUUGGGACAGAGUGUAAAGAAACACUCGUGCACAUAGGGCAGAUAUCUGUAAUAAACAGUGAUGCGGAAGAUGUUUGCAGAUCAGACUGCCAUGGACGCCACAAGGCUAACACUGGUGGCACUGCAAACUAUUGUCUUGACAUGGUGAAGCAAGAAAGUGCACAAGUGGGAGUUUCCCAACAAAUUAUUGAUUUGUGCAGUCAAAGUGGAAGCCUAGAUGCUUCAGAAUGCUGGACAAGCCAAUCUGAAAUUUCGUAUUUAGGAUCAGAGGAUCUACAUGCAGAUCUUUCGAAAGAUACUUCUGUUUCUGGUGUAUCAACAGGGAAUUUAGUUACCCUACAGCCCCACAUACAAAAUGCUGCAGGCAAUUCAAGAGAAAUUAGGAGUGCCAUCAAUUUGAUUUCAGAGGUUGGUGAUGACACUAAAGAGCUUGGAAAAGGUUGCAAGGUUUUAAAUAAUUGCCCUGAAGCUGGAGCAGAGUUGCAGAUAAAUGUUGAAUUGAAUAGUAGUGAGAGGUUACCUGAGAAUCAAAUAUGCCCCGAGGAACAAGAUAUUGAGAAACUAACUUUUUCAUUCCCAGAGAAAAAGGAUGGAAGUAAGGUGGCUGACACUAAGUUGAGCACUUUGUCCCUGGCUAACGAGCAGGAUUGCAGCUUGGAAAAGGGUAAAAUUGUAGAAGAAGCUCUUGCAAGCUCAUACUUAAAUUCAGUUGACGACUACGUAUCACCUGAUAGGCAAAAUAAUGUGAAUUACAGUACUUCCGACCACAAUGGGAAACACGAGGAUGACAUUAACUAUGCGCUUGAUAGUCCUACCAAUAUUAACUUCUCUAACAGCCUUCAUGAGGGUCCUCAGAGACCAGAAACUGACUGUAUCGAUUUGCCUUCCAUCAGCAAGAGUAAUGAAGUUUUCAGUGAAAAUACUACUGAAAAAAUUGCAGAGCAGGUGUCGGUUAUACUAGAUGAUUCUGCAAACAAUCAGCUGACUUUGCCUGUGUCAUAUAAAGAGAAUGAGUCAGAUCAAAGCAACAUCGACAAAGAUAUUUCAGAAACCUCAAGUAGUCCUGCUUUGGGAUCACCUUCAAAGUAUAACUGUUGUGAGGAUGCAUAUGGGACUUGUGAAUCCCUCAUUACUGAUUCAGUGGUAGAUUCUCAAAAUAUCUGUCCUCUUUCCGACACUAUAAAUAGUUUACCGAAAGAAGACAAUAACAGUUAUCCCAAGUUGGGUGCUGUUGAAGUGGAAGCUGCAUUGGCACCGGCAAAUGAUAUGCAUGGGGAUGGUCUUAAUACGAAAAGCUGCUGCUCGUCUGUUCUUCCACAAAAUGCUGUUCCAUUUUCUGAUGAAUGGUUUGCUGCCCUGGAAGCAGCUGGAGAGGAUAUCCUCACCAAGAAGAGUGGGGCAGUGCAGAAUUCACCUCCUGACAAGUCUCAACCUGAGCCUAGCCCAUGGUCUCCGGUCAAAAAAAGAAGCAAUCAGAUCGGGCCAUUUGAUUGCACAAAAUUCACGAAUAAUAAUAAUAAUAAUAAUAAUGCCCCUUCCGAUUCUAACUAGGUCGUAAGAGUUGCGAUAUUUCCCUCACAUAAAUAACCCUUUGUUUGUUUCACUGAUUUAGAAGUAGAACCAUUAGCUACCCAGCGGCUACUAUUCUAUUAUUAUGUAUGAGAGGCAGAGCCAUUGCCUGGCUACCCUACCAAAAUCAAUCAUAAAUAACUUCUGACCCGCUGCAUAUACUUACAGUUGAUUAAUCUGC